AUGGUUGGAAAAGAAACGGUAGUGAAAAUAGUUGAGGACACUUUUAGAAAAAUGCGCGAGCCUGCAAAUGCUGUUUCAGCUUCUGGAAACCAGAAUGAGCUGGGGUACAGUGUAAUGCCUAUGAAAAACCCAGAUGAUUCUGCUCAGCUGGAUAUCAAGGUCCGUUGCCCCUGUGGUAGUUCCAUGGCCACUGGGUCCAUGAUUCAGGCCACUGGGUCCAUGAUUCAGUGUGAUCAUCCAAGAUGCAGUGUAUGGCAACAUAUUGAUUGUGUCAUCAUACCUGAGAAGACUGCAGAUACUGCUCCUCAAGAACUACCUUCCAGUUUCUAUUGUGAGAUGUGCCGAGUCAGCAGGGCAGACCCUUUCUGGGUCACUAUUAACCACCCAUUACUUCCAGUGUCAGUAGCUCCUUCGAACAUAAUGGCAGAUGGAGCGAUCUCAAAUGAGUCCGGUCAUAUACUGUACAGUAUAUCGAGAAAACCUUUCCGUUAUCAAGAGCUAAUAGGGAAAUGCUACAGAAAGCUGAAUAUGACAUUCAGACGGAGUUGGUGCAUUGCUAAAAAGAUCAAAGAGGUAAUUGUGCUCCUGGUACAAGAACUUGGCUGGUGGGCUCAGUUUCAUACAAAAACUUACAAAACCUACAGCGGAGGUACAAUAACUUGGCCUGGACGUGCACUUGAGGUUUGGUGUAUCCUUCUCGAUGACAAAGUUCCUUUCAGGAUGCACUGGCCUUUACAUUCUGACAUGCAAAUUAAUGGUAUUCCUGUUCGGGUUGUCAGCAGGCAAGCUACACAGCCGUUAGGGGCCAAUGGUAGAGAUGAUGGUCUUAUGUUAACACAGUUUUUGAAAGAAGGUCCCAAUAAGAUUGUUCUAUCUAGAAGUGACUCUCGUGCGUUCUGUUUGGGUGUCAGAAUUGCCAAGAGGAGAUCUCUGGAAGAGGAAAAUGCCAGAAUGGUUCUUUCAGCAGUUACCGUCCUAAAUUUGGUACCAAAGGAACAGGAUGGUGAGAAGUUUGAUGAUGCCCUUUCUCGUGUGCGUCGCUGUGUCGGUGGGGGGACUGAGGCAGAUAAUGCAGACAGUGAUAGUGAUAUUGAGGUUGUUGCUGAUUCAGUCUCUGUAAAUCUUCGAUGCCCUAUGACUGGUUCAAGGAUUAAGGUAGCUGGUAGGUUCAAACCCUGUGUCCACAUGGGUUGUUUUGAUUUAGAAGCUUUUGUGGAACUGAAUCAACGUUCACGGAAGUGGCAAUGCCCAAUUUGCCUGAAGAACUAUUCUCUGGAGAAUCUAAUUAUUGAUCCUUAUUUCAAUCGCAUCACUUCGCUAAUCAAAAGCUGUGGAGAUGAUCUAUCAGAAAUCGAUGUCAAGCCAGAUGGUUCCUGGAGAGCUAAGGGUGGAGCUGAACUGAAGGAUCUUAUGCAGUGGCAUUUACCAGAUGGCACUCUCUGUAUGUCCACAGGUACAGGACCGAAACCCAACAUGGGUGUUGUAAAGCAAGAGAUUAAAGAAGAACCGUUGCCUGAAAAUAAGGGUUCUCGUCUAAAACUGGGAAUUAGGAGAAACAACAAUGGCAAAUGGGAAAUUAGCAAGAAAGGGGAUGUUAAUUUGAAACCAACUUCUUAUAAUGAUCAGAGUAGAGACUUUGAAAAUGGGAAAUGUGUCACCCAUACAAGCAACACUAAUCAUGAGGAUGCUAAAGGUGGAAGUUAUAAUUCAGAACCGGGACAAUCUGAUCACCCUACGAGCAGUGUAUAUGAUCUGAAUUCUUCUCCUGGGGAUGAACAUGUUCCAAUAGUUCUGAGCGACACAGAUGAUGAAAAUGCUACGGUGUUGUCUCCUAGUACAGUGAAUUGCGGCGCAGCAAAUGACACCGGAUAUGAGUUUCCACCGCCCAAUCCACUUGACACUUCAGGAGGCCCAGAUGAAACUUCAUUUUUCCUUAAUGAAAACUUUGAUGAUCUGGGGUUGUCAUUUUGGGAGUAUCCUUCGACUACCCAAGAUGAUCCAGGAAUACAAGGAACAGAUAAUCUGGGUGAAGUGCAAAACUACCCUGCUACCAAUCUAUCUCUGCACGAGCCAGUUUCUACGGUUAAUUUGGGUGUGUUAGCACCAGCAGCAAACCAACCAGAAUAUGGGAAUGAUGGGAGUUUAAAUAAUGCCAAAAAUACUUCUCAGAAAAGGAAGAACCCUGCGAAUGAAAUAACAUCUUUAGAUGCUUCAGUUCUCAUGAGUGGCAAUGACGACGACGACUUUGCUGGGGAUAGAUCUGGUGGCACUUCCUCACUGUCUGGGCAGCCACGGUCAGUUCGACCAAAAUCCGUACUAGCCAUUGAGUCAGAUUCUGAUUAG